AUGGCAUCCGCGACGACAAUGCACCACCGGCGCCGCUCCAUUAUCCAGCUGGCCUUCCUGCUCCUGGUGGCGUCACCGGCGUCAAUGCUGGCGGCCGGCGGAGCCUGCGAGAGCGAGGAGUUCCCGGCCGGCAGGAGCUACGCGACGUGCGCGGACCUCCCGACCCUCGGCGCCUCGCUGCACUGGACGUACGACGCGCCGGCCUCGUCGCUGUCCCUGGCGUUCGCGGCCAAGCCGCCGGGCACGAGCGGCGCCGGCUGGGUGGCCUGGGGGAUCAACCCCACCGGCGACGGCAUGAAGGGCGCGCAGACGCUCGUUGCCUUCAAGAGCAGCGGCGCGUACGUCGUCAACACGUACAACCUCACCGGGUACCGCCCGCUCAGCGCGGCGUCCAUGCCGAUCGCGUUCGAGGCCACCGACCUCGCCGCCGACGAGGGCGCCGACGGGAAGGUGCGGCUCUACGGUACGCUGCAGCUGCCCAAGGGCAUGGAGGCCGUGAACCACAUCUGGCAGGUAGGGUCGACGGUGGCCAAUGGGGUGCCGGCCAAGCACGCGUUCGCGCAGGAGAACCUGGAUUCGAAGGGCAGUCUCGUGCUCACUGGUGCCGGAGCGACGGACGCCGCGCCGGCUCCGGUGGCCGGUGGCCCGUCGGCCGAGGAGGCUACUGGUAACCUAGAGACAGAGACCGCGCCCGAGGCAGCGCCGGCCCCGUUGGCCGGUGCCCCGUCGACCGAGGAGGCUGGCGCGAUAAUCACCACGUACGCCUCGGCUCCGGUGUUCAUUUUGAUUCUGGUGUUCGCUGGUUUCUUCGCGACUGUAUAAUCUCGGUGACAUUAAAUUUGUCAACUGGAGAACGUGUCUAGGGUAGUCUUUUUUUUUUCCUUGAGCACUGUGCAACCCUUUUUUUUCUCCGGGUUGAAAUGAAAGUUUGUUGUAUUUUCAAGAGGGUGUUUUUGUUUCAUGGUCAUUUUGAGUUUGGUGUGUUUGUCAACGUGAUUUAUUGGAUGAGUUCGAAGCUUUUUUUUUUGCAUUCAAUUCUA